AGGAUGUCAGAGAAUCGGACAUGGCAGGCGGAGGAGAGUCUGCGAGCUGCUGAGCUGAAGCUCGCAGAGGCGUCGAGACGAGAGCAGGCUUUGAAGGAGGAGUCAAGGAAGGCAUAUGAGAACGAGCAGAUGAGGUUGGAGUAUAUCCAGGAGCUCAAGCGGAGGUUCGAGGAGGAGAAAAGGUCUCUCGAAACAGAACUAGUGCGCAUGCAUGACGGACUGCGACUGGAGCGAAGCAAGAGGCUUGAGGAGGAGGCUGCUAAUGCGACUCUACGGCAAGAAGUGGAGCGCGUGUCGGAGGCAUACAAGAUUGCAAUCAUCAACAACAACGAGGGGGCCGAGAAGGUCCGCGAGCAGACGGAGAAGAUCCGCGAGAUUCAGAGGCACAACAGCAACCUCACCAUCCUCCUGUCUGAGAUCCAUCCUCGCCUCACCGUCCUCGAGCAGGAUGUUCUCAGCGUGUCUCGCAUGGGCGCCUUCGAUGCCUCCAACGGCGUUGGCGGGCGAGGAGGAGGAGCGACGCGAGAAGAGGAGGUCAUCAUGGCAUGAGUUCACUUUCUUCUCCUUAUAAGGUAAAU